CGAAUGGCAUGUGAAGUAUAAAUUAGUGCAUUGACAGUUCAAAAGUAAAAUUUAUCGAAAUUUUUUGUAUUAUUGAUAGAUAAAUCAUAGUUUUCAAAUUGAAAUAUGUAAAGUAUGAAAUUUGCAUUUUCAUAGGGUUGAAAAGUUUACCAAAAAAAAGAAAAAUGUCUGUAACAAAUGGUAUGUUUCUUUUUGAAGUUGUAGUAGAAAGUGUUAAGAGUAUGGUCGAAAGCAGGCAUUUAAUUAUCAAAAGCGAUUUCGGAGACAUAUUUUCUUUGGAGUUAAAGGAUCCUAAACAAAUGCACAUUGUGAUUCCGGAGCCUCCGCCACUUCCUCCUGAACCACCCGGAAAAGGAAAGAAAAAAAAACCACCUAAGCCUAAAGGAAAAGGUAAAAAAGGGAAAAUUGAAGAACCGCCCCCUGAGCCAGUUAUACAGUCAGGCCAGUCUGUAUUGUUUUCAAGUAGCGCUGAGUUUCUUAUCCAGGGUAUGAAAAAAUUUCCAUUGGAGUUAUCAUUAUGGAGUAGAGAGGAUAACUUAACUUGUAUUGGAUCCACCUGCAUUCCUUGGGAUCCGGUUUUUUAUACUUAUUUAGAAAAGAUUUGCAAUUGUGAAGAACCUUUACCUGUUACCGUAAAGGAUGAAUAUAAUAUUUUUGAAGAGGGUACUGCAAAAUUAAUGGCGAAGUUAGGAAUCCAAGUGAAACUUACAUAUUUAACUGACAAAAUAACCACUGCAUUUCGAACACUGUCAGAAGAUCCUACCGUAAAAAAAGUUUUGUACACAGGCAUAAAUUCAAAAACUACUUCAUAUAUUUGCACAUUAAAAACAACUGAUGAAAUUUUUGAAGAAAACAGCAACAAAAUAGAAAAUAAUUUUGUGAAAGAUAAACCAAAAUCUAAUAAAAUUGUUUAUGCUGACUUUAAAAAUGCUCCUGGUGCUAAUUUAACAUUCUUCAAUGAUGGUGACUAUUGCUGUAUGCAUAAUGCAGAUAAGCCUCCAGAAUCAAUAUAUAAGGCACCUGAAACUUGUCCAGAUGUAGAUUAUAUUAUCGACUACGUAAGAAAAAUAAUCGUGUCUUGUAAUGAUAAUAUGCGGAUGCUUACUCCACGUCCAACAAUAAGACCUAGAGUUAAAGCGACAGACAUAGAUCGUUUAUGCUACUGUAAGGAAACGAAAUGGCCAACAGGUGCGUUUGCAGAAAGAUUUAAGAAAGAGGCGCAAUCGGAGCCAUGUCCAAUGUGUAUUAACGCCGGUAAGAGACCUGAAGGAUCUAGAGGUAUCACAUUCGAUAUAGCUAAUAUACGAGGUCCGUGUGGUAGAGCUGACUGCAGAAUAGCUAGAGAUAUGAGAGCUUAUAUAGAAAGCCUUCUUGAAGAAGAUAAUAAAGAGAUAGAUAUGAAUGAUAUAAUCGGGCCAUGUGGAAGCAAAGAAUGUAAAGUAGCUGAAAAAAUUCAACAAUUUCUAUUACACGAGGGAGUGUUCAGUCGAGGCUCUACACUUGAAGGAUUGUCAACACAAUGUGCCUGCGUACAACAGAUGCAGGAAGCACUUAAGAAAAAAGAAUCUUGCGAUACAGUCUGUACUAAGGACUGUUCAGAUAGUCAAAGUGAUAAAAGUGAAUGUGAAGGAAAAGCUUGUCCAUUUAAUAGAAAAGAACGGGAGCCAAUUUACGAUGUUUAUUACUUUACAGUAGAACACGAUUUCGAAAGGGAACCUUCCAGAGCAUCAUCCCGCAGUGGAACCGAAAAGUCUGAUAUAUCUUCAAAAUAUAAAUAUUGUUCUACUGAAUGUCCCAGUACAAAAACGUCUGAGAGAAUAACUUGCUCUAAAACUACAUGUUCUACUUUAACUCCGAAAAGAGAGAAGGCUGAAGACGUAAACGAUAGUGGCUCUACUUGUCAAAGCCCCGUAUGCCCUGCAAAACCUGAUAAGUCUCCAAGUCCAGCUGACAGUAGUAUCGUUAUUAAUUUUGAUGACAUACAUAAUCCUUGUUGUGUAAAAAGUUGUGACGUGGCCGAAAGAGUCAAAGAUUUUAUUGUGGAUGGUCUUAUGAGCAGAAAAAACAAGCUAACUGAAGGAGACGAUCCUUGCUUUUGUGAUUGUGUAUGUACUUUCAAGUUUUCAAAAAAUACAACGUACUGUGCCGUUUGUGGUGGAUAUGAAUGUCUAGGUGAUGAUGCAAAUGAAAUACCUGAUUACGCGAAACCACAUCCAUGUCCAGUGUACCAUAAGUUAUACGAUAAAAAUUAUAUAAAAACAAAAAGCCCGUGGCCUGAAGAAGAGGAGUCACGUAAGCCAUUGGACACUGCAAGUAUUAAGAGCUCAAGAACUGGUGGUUCGAGAAUGGGUGCACCUGAAAGUAAAAGAUUGACAUCAUCAAGAUCAAUAAAAAGUUUUUCUGAUAGACCAUCUAAGAAAAAAGAUACUAUUGUUGUAGAAAAAGUUAAGAAAACAAAAUCUGAGAAAAAGAAGCUAGGAAAAUUUACCACAAGUAUCUAUGACACACAAUCCUUAUUGCUGGUUGAAAAAAAACCAGAACCAAAAUAUCCAUAUCCACCAGUUCCAAAAAAUAUGGGUUGGAAUUGGACAGCCGAGGAUAUUCCUGGAAUGAAGCCUCGGCCCAAGUGGAAACCAGGAGCUGCUAAUAAAAUAUUAGUCAGACGCUACAGGGCAGUACGAGAUGGAGUAGAUAUAAUAGCAAAGAAAAAACGUGCUAUGAUGCAACGCAAAAAGAAGCUGGAAAUGAAACCAACACUAGUAGUAAAAAAGCAGAACGGUGAAUAUACUGUUCAAAUGGAAGUAUUUAAAAAAUAUUCAAAGGAGCGACUAGUUUUCCAAUAUCCCUAUGAUGAAAAACCUCCCUUAGUAUAUUCUAUAGGAAAAACAGACGAAGAGAAACGAAAAAUACAAAAGAAACGUGAGAGGCGGGAACGAAGGCAGACAAGAAGGAAGAGUCGCUUAUUACAAUCCACUUUUAGGGACAAAUGCCAAGAGAUUUGUUUAAAGGCUUACAAUCAGGCAAUUGGUCUUCUCCCUUUGCCCAAUCCAAACGACCCUGAGUGUCCGUGCCACACGGAAGCAACUCGGCAAAUCACUCCCCCAAUAGAUUCAUGUUCUUGCUCUGAGGAAGGAUCCGUUUCAAGUAGCGAUACUGAUGAUGACGAAUGGGUCAUCGAAUUUACGCCCCCGAUAGCUCGAUGGGACGUGAAAGCUAAACAUCCACCAGUUUUGUCAGAAAAUGAAUGUCAAUAUAAUUAUUUAGAUUAUAAAGUAAAAUUACUUGAUAAAUCUGGAAAUGCAGUACCUAGAUUUUUUAGAGGUCCUGAUGGCAAAGAGGAAUGUAGUGACUUGGGUGGCUUUUGGGGUCCUGACCACAUAUGGAUGGAAAUUAAUAAAGAUGGUUACAUUGGUCCCGAUAAUAGAUGGGUCCCAAUGAACUUCCUCGGACCCGAUGGCAUGUAUUAUUCAGCAGAAGAAGGCAUUUUCACUGACAGCUCAGGACGAAAUUUAAAGAUAGGUGUUGAUGGUUAUAUUGAUAAGGAAGGGAAAUGGGCAUGGUAUUCUAAAAAUAGAACCAGAAGUCCAAAGUCAAAAUCAACCUUGUCCACGAUAGAUUCUAAGAAAGGUAAAGUUUCUCCAAAAACAAAUAAUACAACAAAAGACAAAGGCGACGGCAAAGAUAAGCCGAGUCAUAAAUCGAAAAAAGGUAAAGAAGAAAAGAAUGGAGCAAAGGCAACAGGUGAUCAAGAUAAAGUUAAAAAAACUGUGUCUUAUUCAUCAGCUAAAGCAAAGAGCCCAAUAGUUAUGAGCGUAGCUAUGAAUUACGAAAGGAGCAAGCUAUCUCCAGUAUUUUGGCAAAAAAGUAUUUUAGAAGCUAAAAAAAUGGCUAGAUAUAAAGAAAUCAUGGAAGAUCUACAAAUAUAUGACGAUUUUCCAGAGUCAAAAUGUCCAGUUAAAACCAACAGGGCAUCCAAUACACAACCAAAAAGUUUAUCCCCGUGUAGUAAAUUUAAAAAGGCACAAAACAUGUGCGUUAUUACAUCCGACAAUCGAAUGUUUUCCACUCCUUCCGUAGAUUGUCAUUAGCUUAAACAUUCAUGAUAACCGAUAUAUAGCUUUUCUAAUGAGCAGACCUCUCACAAUAUCGUGUACAAUAUAAUGCGUACAUUAGGUUGGAUGUAUGAAAUCUUAUAAAUCAUUUAAAGUAAGAAAAUUUAAAAAAUAUUUGAUGUUUGAUAAGAUUCAAAAUUAUAAAUUGUUGAUUGUC